GGUAGUAGUCCUUUUGGAAGUGGCGAAAAUUUGUACAAGCACCUUUCUGAUUCAAGUAGGCCUGAGGAUACUGUUGGUUUAUCUGUUGCAGGGUCUAGUAAAAGUAGUACAAAUAGCAGCCCAUCAGACGUUCAGCACCGUGCAUCACCUGGCAGUGAAAAGGAAUGUCAUGAAAGAGGACAGAUGCAAGAGUCACAUUGCAAUGUUCAUAUAACUCCAUCUCCUGAAAGUUCAGAACAUGAAGAAGCUACUGAUAUGUUCAGAAGUAUUAUCAAUGCCAAGCGAAAUAUUUUGUUUUCACGUAUAACUAGUGUUGAAUCCGAGGUGUCAGAAACUGGGACUGCUUUAAGUCAGGGAUCGGACCAAGCAGUUCCAAGUUGUAAUGCCAGUGAUACUGGAAGUAUGACAACAAACCCUACUUAUUAUAGAAACCUUAGGAUAAACCAAAAUUCCUUCAGGUCAACAGUCUCAGAUAGUGAAAUAGAAGCAGGGAAUUUUCUCAAUAAUCGACAAAAAAGAGCCCCAAGCAUAUGGAGUAGUAAAAGCAGCCUAAGCACAGGGUUCAGAUAUCACGGAGGAAGUAUGAUAAACACUUCAUCAAACACAGUAAAUGAACCAACCCGAACAUAUUUGUUUGAAGGCUUAGUUGGAAAAGAUAGAUCAACAUUAUGGGAUCAGAUGCAGUUUUGGGAAGAUGCAUUUUUAGAUGCUGUAUCUCAGGAAAGAGAUAUAGUUGGAAUGGAUCAGGGUCCUGGUGAAAUGAUGGAGAGAUAUCAAUCACUGUCUGAUAUGGAGAAGAAGCGAUUAGAGCAUGAUGAAGAUCGGUUGUUGUCCACAAUGUUGUACAAUACAGUUGCAUUUAUGGUUAUGGUGAAUGUAAAUAAGCAAGAAAUUAGAAGAAAAAUUUGCCGGUUAUUAGGAAAGUGUCAUAUUAGUCUUGUGUACAGUGCAGAAGUGAAUGAGCUGUUGGAUCAAAUAAUAAAACUUCAUGGUAAUGAUAUUGAUUUGAAACCACUUGGGAGCAGACAAAUGCAUCGUCAGUCUUUUACUGUGCACUGUGGUGUGGAUGCUACUGGUGACAUGCUUUUUAUGGAGGUACGUGAUGAUGGCAUAAUUCUCCGUAGUGUGAAAUGGGGGCAAAUUGUAGAAAGAUGGUGGUAUGAACGGCUUGUGAAUAUAACAUAUUGUCCUAAAAAUAAAGUUUUGUGCCUGUGGUGGAGAAAUGGAGGACAGACACAACUUAGAAAAUACUAUACAAAAAAAUGCAAGGAUCUGUAUUAUUGUGUCAAAGAAGGUAUGGGACGUGCAACACGGAGAGGAAAUAGUGUGACGCCUGGACAAGAAUUAGGAGGUGAAUUUCCAGUUCAAGAUAUGAAAACAGGUGAAGGAGGUCUUCUCCAAGUGUGUAUGGAGGGCGUAGGUCUUUUGUUUGCUAAUAGCAAGUUCUUUGUAAGGCUGGAAAACAUAAGGAAGUGUUUCACCCAAAAGGGAGGGAUGUUUGUUCUGGAAGAGUUUAACCCCAAAACUAGACAAGUAAUUCAAAGGAAAUACAAAUCAUCUAUGGCUGACCAGAUUUGUUAUGCAGUUUUGUGUGUGUUCUCUUAUGUGGCCGCUGGAAUAGAACAACGAAAACGAAGAGAAGCAGCAGGUUAUGAAACACUUAGCCAUAGUGAAGGCAAUACUCCUAGAUGGCCACAUAAGAGAUGACUCAGAAUCUACUGUAUACACUUGACUUUAGAAAACAUGUCACUUUCAUGGAACUUUUUUGCAAUGCCUUCAAAAGACUCUGCAAACCAUGAAAAUGAACAUUUUUGGAAAAAGCAUCAGUUCUUACUACUUCUUGACCAGUUGCUACCACUCAUUUGCAGUGGUGUAUGUACAACUGAUAUAUGCAAUGUAAGUUAAUACUGUUAUGCCAAAACGUUGAAAAGAUAAAAUAUGUUAAUGUUAUAUUCUGUGUUUGACUCCCAAGAGUUGUAAUUACUUUUUAUAACUUUCUAGAGCUAUAAUUAAAUGAAAAUAUUGAUUCAGAUAUUAUGUAGUGCCAUUAAAUUGUGUAAAUACAUAUUAACCUAAGCUUAAGUACUACAGGGAUGUGCAAGUUUUCAGCAUGUAUCAAACAAAGCAUUUUAUGUGAAGAAUAAUUGUGUAAGUGCCUCUAUUUGUUUAAUAAGCAGUAUAUUUAACAAAAGAUGCACGUGUAGAGAGUGAAUCCUUGAUUAUGGCACCUAGAUGUUUUCUAUAACUGUGGCAUCAGUUCAGUUUGUGAAUGACUGUCUCAAAACCAGAAUAAGCUAUUGUACUUAAACUAGAGUGCAUUAAUUAAAAAUAUUCCUUCACUUUUUUUUACAUUACUGUUAAAAUUACUGUGUAUGUGUAAUAAUAUAUAUGUAUUUAAAAUUUAAGAACAGUUUAGUUUCUUUUAAUUAGAUUUUUGCUUUUUGUCUUCCUUACAUAUUUAUUCCAGUAAUCAAGAUUCACUUACUUUCACUGUGCUCAAUAAAAGGGAAAAAAUUUAGUUAUGUAAAGAGAAACAUGAUGCAUUUAUUGAGAUUUUGGGGGGGGGAGGAUGCUAUAUAACUCUUCUUUAUACAGCAUUUUAUUCUGUAAUUUUUAUCAAUUUAGUGCUUCAAAAUAUAUAUCAUGCAUCAGUAAAAAGGAAAGAAAUAAACAAAUUUUGUAAAUAAUAUAAAAAUUAUUGCUACCACUAUUGAUAUAUUGUAUAUGUAAGCUUUUGUUAGGUAAUGCAGUAAAAUUCAAGCAUGAAAUAAUUAAUUCAUUCAUGGAAUAUUAAAAUAUGUUUAAUUGCAUACAAUAUAUAUAAAUAAGUAAGUAAUAUUCAACCUGUAUUACAAGGUAUUGAAAUUGAUAUGCAAAGUGCCAUAAUUAUGCAUACUUGUUACAUAUUAAUUUCUUAUUAAUAUAUAGAUUUAGAAAUAAAUAUUUCUCCAUACUGUUAUGUUAAUUAGCAUUUUAUGAACAGUUAAUAAAAUAGAAACUGGACUUCUGCGUAAAAUGUAUCUAUUGUAUUUUAAGGGAUUGCAAUAAAUUUGCUUUAUAUUAAAAUAAAUGUUUUGAUUAAUUUAAUGUCAAUAGAUGUAAUAAAGAUUUGCAAUUUAAAAUAAUACUCUGUGCUAAAUUUGUAGGCAUUCAAAUGUUUAAAAUUC